UGUCAGAGGCGGUUGGUUGCUCGGGUUUCUGCUUGCGGCGGUGGCGUUGGCGACGCGGCUGGCUUUGGCAGCAUGAACCCGCUGUGAGGCGCAGGCUUCGCGGCGCGGGGGGCGGGGGGAAGAGGAGGACGCCUCGGUGAAGUUCUCCGCCAUGAACCUGAGGGGCCUUUUUCAGGACUUCAACCCGAGUAAAUUCCUCAUCUAUGCCUGUCUGUUGCUGUUCUCUGUGCUACUGGCCCUUCGUUUGGAUGGCAUCAUUCAGUGGAGCUACUGGGCUGUCUUUGCUCCAAUAUGGUUGUGGAAGUUAAUGGUCAUUGUUGGAGCAUCAGUAGGAACCGGAGUUUGGGCACGAAAUCCUCAAUAUCGAGCAGAAGGAGAAACAUGUGUGGAGUUUAAAGCCAUGUUGAUUGCUGUGGGCAUCCAUUUGCUCCUGCUAAUGUUUGAAGUUCUGGUUUGUGACAGGAUUGAGAGAGGAAGUCAUUUCUGGCUUCUGGUCUUCAUGCCAUUGUUCUUUGUUUCCCCGGUAUCUGUUGCGGCGUGUGUCUGGGGCUUUAGGCAUGACAGGUCACUAGAGCUAGAAAUCCUGUGCUCAGUCAACAUUCUUCAGUUUAUAUUCAUUGCCUUAAGACUGGACAAGAUCAUCCAUUGGCCCUGGCUUGUCGUGUGUGUCCCUCUGUGGAUCCUCAUGUCCUUCUUGUGCCUGGUGGUCCUCUAUUACAUCGUUUGGUCUGUGCUAUUCCUGCGCUCUAUGGAUGUGAUUGCAGAACAACGCAGGACACAUAUAACCAUGGCAUUGAGCUGGAUGACCAUUGUGGUGCCUCUUCUUACUUUUGAGAUCCUGCUGGUUCACAAACUGGAUGGCCACAAUGCUUUCUCCUGUAUUCCAAUAUUUGUUCCCCUGUGGCUGUCAUUGAUCACACUGAUGGCAACAACAUUUGGACAGAAAGGAGGAAAUCACUGGUGGUUUGGUAUUCGCAAAGAUUUCUGCCAGUUUCUGCUUGAAAUAUUCCCAUUUUUGAGAGAAUACGGAAACAUUUCAUAUGAUCUCCACCAUGAAGAUAAUGAGGAAACAGAAGAAACUCCCAUUCCAGAACCUCCUAAAAUCGCACCUAUGUUUCGCAAGAAGGCCAGGGUGGUCAUCACCCAGAGCCCUGGCAAAUAUGUCCUCCCUCCACCCAAAUUAAAUAUCGAAAUGCCAGACUAAAGCGCACCACCGGGGCUGGAGUGUGAGUGCACUGGAACGCACACUCCCACUUCCCUUGCCCCCGACCCAGGCCUAGAACUGCAGACCUCCAUCUGAAGCCUUGUUUGCGUCCAGUGCCAACCAGCCACUCAUAACAGAACAUAGGUGGCAGGAACUAAGGGUGUCUACCAAUACGGAUGCCAGUGACACAUCAGAAAAGAACCCACUUCUUUCUGUAUGGGUACCUGAAGUGUGUUCUCAUUCUUGUGGUACCCCCCCCCACCAAGGGAUAACUACUGCCAAGACCUGCAGAAGCACAUCUGUGGUCUUGGCAGAUUUUCUAGUGCUAAAUUCCUUUCAAAGUAUUGGAAGAUGUGGUUCUUAUGGGACCACUUCCAUUUGUGGCUCAACUGUGCUGCUAUAGGUAGCCAGUGGGGGACUGUAACUAGGUCUGUGCACACCUGUUGUGUUCAGAUACAGUCCAACCUUGCUUUCCCUGUCCCUGCUGUACAGAAAUUUCGCUUUAGGCAGGAUGACAGCAGGUUUGCAGGGCUUCAUCAGUGAGCCCUUCCCAAUGGCAUGAUUCCAUGCCUGUAUAGUAUUUAUAUAGCUAUUUUAGCAUUGUAAUAUACAGUAUCAAAUCCUAGUUCUGUACAGCAUAUUCUCUGUUAAAGUAUUUUUUUACAAGCUUGUGCUGGAGAUGGAUGGGUUAAGCCAUGGUAGAAGCAGAUGGCUCAAAUGUUUUGACCCAGACAGAUCCCCCACCUUCAUUUAUCAUGACCACCAAUACCCUGGAGUCCAUCUUUUACAUAAUAGCUGCUCCUGCUAGCACAGUUUCUAUAAGUGAGAAGGGGUCUGUGCUUUUCCAACAUGGGGGUGGGAGAAUCAGCUUAAAAUCCCAAGAAGUGCUCACUUGAGACCAGGGCACUGGAGAAGGUUGCCAAGGUAGGGCAGAACAGCCAAGGACCUCUGUCCAAGUACAGAGAGGUCUGCCCACCUGCAAGAAAAAUUCUACAUGCUGGUACGUAGAUGCCCAUCACCUGUCAGCAGUUUCUCCAGGUUCUGCUGGUAUAGUCAGCCCAAAACCCACCAUUCAAGAAUAACCUUUAGUCUAAAUCAAAUGAUUCAUUUCCCAAUGGAAGUAAAGGGAGCAUUGAUCUUCCUGAUCAGGAGGUGCAAUGGAUUUUGAUGGUCACCUGAUAAGUAGCUUCAGUCACACAUAAUUGAAAUCUCCUAUGACCCUGAUCCUAUCACUGGCACAGGCCUCUAGCAAGCCUGUUCUGUUUCAGGAGAAACAGGGAACAGAGAGUAGCAUUUUUUGCUUGGUCUGAUAAAAAUGUGGCUAAAUCCACUAUUUUUGCUCCUGUAGUUAUUCAAUAAAGUGGUCCAUUUUACACA